UUAUCCGGGUCUUUACAUCAUGGAGUGCAGGUUUGAGUGGUCACCCCGUGCAGUUCGUGAUUGGGAUCUAUGAAAAUCUUACAACUUCUGGAUUCUCAUUGAGGAAGACUGUACAGGAACAUAAGAUGCGGCGAAAAUCUAGUAAUACGCAUAUCAGCCUUGCGGUUAUCAAGCAAUAUCUGUUGUGCGGCACCUACCCAAGUGGGUCGACACCGACAGAUAAACGGUCGGUGCGGAAGAGAUCAGAGUCCUUCAAAAUCGAAGAUGGAGAAUUACACUACAUUGUUCGUCCCAAGCGACUGGAAGGAGAACCACCGGAUCCAAACCCGGGCUCAGAUAAGGCGAAUUUACGUCGAGCUGUCAUUACACCAAAAACCCAGUUUUCUGUCGUCUCACAGAUGCAUGUUACUGCUGAAGGUGUUCAUAUGGGAACCGAACGUACCUUAAACGCUUUGUCCUCCAAGUAUUACUGGGUGGGCAUGGCCAGUACAGUGCGGAAAGUCCUCAAGAACUGUGUUGUUUGCCUGGCAAAUCGUCCUGCAGUGUCAAAUUUUCAACAGAGCCACUUCAGCGAAGUUGUACCGGCUGUUGAACCGGAAAUCCCCACAACGAGCUGUGGAAGUGCUACUGGUGGGGAGAAAAAAGAGCUACAGGAUAAGCUGGCACCAGUCACAGCUAAACAAGAGGAUGUUUCGACGGAGAUGCAGUAUAUUGUGACUGCUGAGUUACACGAACCAGAAACAGUUGACUCUGACCUUGAUUUUGACCCAAGCUCUGUUGUCACCGAUUCCGUGUUUGAUCCCAGAGUGGAUUUUGACGUAGCUCGGAGGUUUUGGCAAAAGGUUGAGGUGCAAAUCAUAGGCCCACUACAGUAUAAAAAGAGGAAAAAAACUUAUGUGGCUGCUGCUCUUGACGGUUUCUCAAAGUGGCCAGAGGUUCACGUUCUUGAGAAGCUCAACGAGAAAUACGUUUCACAGUUUCUGCUAAGACUCAUCGCAAGGUAUGGUGUGAUGGAAGAAGUGAUUUUGCUGGCCAAUGACUUACUUCAGGAUCAGAGCCUGGACAGUGGUGGCAUUGCUCAGAACUUGCAGCACUACGCUGUGGCAGUUAGUCUAGAGAAGUACAACCCUGUAGAUGAGCACUGGAGCCAUUUGCUACAGUUAGUGCAGAGUUUCUCAGAGCAGUACACAGACUCUUGGCACACCUGUCUGGACCUCUGCCUCAUCCCAGCCCGCAACUCGCUCACAGCUGCUUCAGACUUUAGCCCGGCUUACCUGUUGAUGAACAGAGAACCAUCAUUUCCUGCUUCUAUCCUCCCUCCAAAAGACUCAAGUAAUGGAGAAAUCUCCUUGACCACUGCACAGACAGAGCAGUGUGUGGAAGCGGCUAUGUCUGACUACCUCCAGUGCUGUGUCCCUGAUAUCAAGCAGGUCAUUACCCUGGCCAGUGUCAAUGAUCUUAGCGAGAGUGUCCCACAGCGGAGAUCAGGUCGUAAGCCGAAGAAAUCUCACAGAACGGCGGGCGGAGGCAGUGAGGACAAUGGAGCUCUGUCGGAGGAUGGGGCACAUGAGGGUUGUAACUCUGUGCGUGGUCCAAAACGAAAAUCAUGGCUUUCAGUUUCGAAUCCCAGAGUAGGUCAGCCAGCAGCAAGGAAUGAGAAAACUGCGACCUUAGAGAAUGUUAAAGAAAGCAGUGAUCUGGACAAGAAUGCUUUUAGCGAGGAUGAUAUUGAAGUUGAGAUGGAGCUAGAUACCUACUACUCUGCCAUCUGGUUGUACAAGGCGACUGCCCAGUACCCGCCCAACAGCCACAACACCUUCAAGCGCUCAAUGCGCAAGGUCUGCGAGCACCACGUGCUGGAGGAGGGCGAGCUCUUCUAUGUGUUCCGCGGCAAGCAGCUCAAGGUGGUCACCACCAUGGAGGACCGGCUGGCCCUGCUGGCGGAUGCUCAUGUUGUUGAUGGUGAACACCUCUCAAGGCUGAGUGUGAACGGAAAACUGGAGAAGCAGCAAGUGCACUGGAAAGGUAUGAUGUCAGAUGUUGAAGCCUACAUCAGGGCCUGUCCGGAGUGCAAACACGGAAUCCCACGAAAGAACCACAGACGAAUGUCAUCACGUGCCCGCAGUUUAUUACGCAGAGCUGAUGCAAAUUCUGAUGAUGAGGACAUGGAAGCUGCAGACAUAGGUAAAGUCUCUUACCGUGAACUGAUUGACUUCUUGCGAAAAGACAUCAUUCCUGACGAUCUGUCCCGCUCAGAACUUCUCAUCUUCCGAAAGAAAGCCAAGCACUACAAGGUGGAGAGAGGCAUCCUCUAUUUCAUCCCGCCACACAAGCCUGAUGAGAAGCCAAAGAAAGUCCUGAGGACUCAAGAAGAAAGGGUGGCUGCUGUCAAGGCAGCUCUCGGGGAUCACACCUGUAGCCAAUCUGAGGUACUGGCAGCCAUAAGGAGGUGGGCCUUCUGGCCAGACAUGCCUAAAGACGUUGAACAGGAGCUGAGCAAAUGGUGCAACCAUCAGUCUAAGGCAAAUGCUGAGAAAUUGGCAGAGGAGGCGGAGAGAAGACAAAUGAUGAAGGACUGGAGACUGAAACGAUUCCAGGACUACUUUGCCGGCAAGGAUAUCUGUUCUAAAAGAGAGAAUUUGGACACGUUGUUCCCACCACUUGCGGAGCCUGCAAAGGAAGAGACAUCACCGCCGGCAAAACCAGACUUGGUGGCAAAAGCAAUGGAGAGCGCCAUGCUGUCCUCCAGCCCCCCAGAGAGCGGAGCUGGCACCGAUGUCAACGCUGAGGUCAUGGAGGAGGGAUCGGAGGUGGAGUCAACUGUGAUGAUUGACGUUGCGGGUGAUGGGACUGUGGUAGUAAAUACAGGCCUCAAAGGGCAGGACAAAGAAAUGACUUCAACAAGCACAGAUGUACAGCAAAGCACCACUGAGCCCUCUGCAGUUCAAGGACAAGUUCCAAAAUUAGAAAUUUCAGAAUCUGCUUCGGACAAAAAUGCUGUCAUUGAAGAAGAGUUGGAAGACGAAGAGGAACACGUUGGAGAGAUGGAGGAAGUGGAAGAUGGUGACCCUGAGGAGUCCUGGAGUCUAAAGACUGCAGAUAUGUUGGAAAGGAUUCAAGUUUCACAGACAGUGGAGGAGUCAUCACCUGUGAAAAAGAUUGGGAAGCGUCGUCGCUGUGAGGUGUGUCAGGAGAUAGUCCGUGGGGAAAACAACUAUAAAGAGCACAUGUACAGACAUACAGGUAUAAAACCUUUCUCGUGCUCAAACUGCCCCAAGAAGUUCACAACCAAGAAAGGACUCCGUAUGCAUUUACGACGACACACUGGCCAUCGCCCCUAUCUGUGUAACAUUUGUGGCCGGGGUUUUCCUCGUUCGGCCUCUCUGCGCUACCACAUCAAGACCCAUGACAAAGGCGGGGGCGUGCCAGUUGUUUGUGACAUCUGUCAUCGCACUUUCACAACGGAGAACAGAUUGCAGAAACACAAGCGAUUCAAGCACCCUGCCCAGGCGCCUGUGUUCUGCUGUGAGCAGUGUGGAAAAACCUUCACUGCUAAACGGAGCUUGAAACGUCAUGAAGAGGCUCAUCAGGGCAUCCGAAAGUAUGUGUGUCAGUAUUGCAAGCGCAGCUUCUUCCGCAAGGAGUACCUCAACUACCACCUGGUCUCACACUCGAAUGAAGACCCGUCCCUGGCUAGCUACAAGCUCAAGGGUCGUCACAGAAAACAGCAGCAAGCAGCGGCCAGAAAACGGGAGUAUGUGUCCAUUGUCUGUGUGGAUUCCACGGGUGCAGAGACUGGACAGAAUGAGGAGGUCUACGGGCAGCUUGUGGAGGUCACCGACCCCUCGGAGUGGUCACAGCAGGUUUCGGGCAGAAUAGAGGAGCAACGAGUCCCAACUGUAUUUGGCCUGGAGGGUGGGCAGAGAGUUUUGUCCAGCGCCGACCAGGCAGUGGAGGGAACGUCUGUGGUAAUGGUUGAGGAACAGCCCAAUGGUCAAGGGGAGGUGGAAGUCCGCCACAUCAUCAUGCCAGGCGGGCACAUACACGAACAGUCGCAGCAGCUACAUCGCAAACCUCAGACCAUCACCGUGCAGCACACCGGAGGGGUCUCGUCUGCUUCCCAUGUGAGGUCGAUGGACGGGGUGAUGAACGCGAUUGUGCGGCCGGGUGAGCAGCAGCAGGCUCAGAGCAUCGAGGUGGUUCUGCCGUCUGGUGCCCACACUUUCACGGUGCCGUGCAGCCGGGAUCAGCUCACGGAUACUGGUCAGGAGACGGUUCAGUACCAGGUGGAGUGCCUCUCGGGUGAAACUCUGACAGAAGCAGAUGUGAACGCGAUCAGAAUGCUGGCUCAUGCCUCUUUGAGCGGCACCCACAUAGUGCAACAGUGAUUUCUGAGGAUAGUUUUAAUUUAUAAACUGCACCCGCCUGUCUUUGGCAUUUUGUGAGAUGAUCUCCGGGAUGAUGGAAAAUUAUAUUCAGAAUUUGAAUGCCAUUGACACCUCAUGAAUAAUGCAACAGUUACCUCUGGGUGUGAUCAAGAAUCAUGCACGCUUCUAAAUUUGUCCAGCGUUUGCAUUAUCUCUUGAAUUACUUCCUUAUGUUGAAUUGAGAAUUUUUUUUGUAAUGAAAUGCUGUAGGGACCAAUGUGACUUCUGCCCUUACAACUUUUUUGGCCCUGUCUUUCAAAAGAUCCUCUGUCUUAUUUGGCUUUGUCAAUAGUGAUUGCAAUCUUGUCUGUUCCUCCCAGUUAUUAGUUUUAGUUUUAGCAAUGUUUUACGGUGCUUGCAACUGCAUAAGGUCAUAUGAGGGCCAAAGG